AGUCAUCAUCAUCAAUAACUAUCAUUAUCCAUUUCUCUUCCUUGUCUCUCUCUCUCACAAAUCAACAUCUUGAGAACGUCUCUCUCUGGCUCUACUCUUAACAAAGCUCAUUGUGAGAUUAUAAUUAGUACUUAAUCAUCCAUGGAUAUGAAGAAAACCAAAGCUACUUCCUCAUCUUCUUCACCUUCUUCACUUGAUCAUCUGUUUGGUCCCAAAGGAUCAACCUCUGCUACUUCGGCUUCUUCUUGUUCAACUAUACUCGACUCCAUUUUCCCUCCUCCUGUAUCAAAGAAGAACGGAAAUCACACUGCUUAUGAAGUUCAAAGCAGCAUUUCUCAAACCAGUGAUGAGAGAAGCAUCCAUGAAAAGAGAGAAGCGUCCUAUUACAGUUCCUCCAUUUACUACGGAGGUCAGCAACACUAUUCACCUCCACGAACUGAUGGCUCCUCCACUUCUCCAUCUCAUCACCACAAAGAAACCGAAGAUCGAACCGAUGACACAAACGCUACUUCCAGGGGAAAUUGGUGGAAAGGUUCUUUGUAUUACUAAGAGGACCAACCUAACUAGUCCACUUGAUUUCAGCAGUGGCAAUAUAUGGACGCAUUCAUAUCCGUAACUUCGCAGUGUGAUGUUUUAGUUUGUUCAUCUUUUGUUUUUGGUUGUAACCUUGCAUAGUUUAAGAUGACGAUUAUUUGACCGCAUCUACCACUAAUGUAUAAAUAAAAUACUCAUGC